ACAUGACCAAAUUUUGGAUUCGUAUACUAUUAGGGCCUAAGUCAGGGUCCAGCCGGACCGGACCGGUUGCCACCCCUAAUAUGAGGGCUUGUGAAUAGUUCUAACGUGCCUAAAAUAAGGAAGAGUUUCAACCUUAACCCCCUAAAAAAAGACAAAAAAGAGAGGACAUGGAACCCUCCUUCUUUCUCUCUCCAAGACAUGGCCUCUGCUUCUCUCUCCCUAUUCUCCUUCUCUCUCACAAAGACAUGGUGUUUUCCUCCUGUGUUUUUUCUCUCUCUUGGUUUGUAAUUUUCUUUUCCUUUUUCUCUCUCUCCAAAAUGGAGAAAAGCCUCAUGUGUAAGGCAAGGAUAAUGUUUGCCAAAAAAUUUCAUUUGUAUUCAAGUUGAAGCUGAAUUAUCAAAUUCAAAGGGGACAAGAUCUAGAAGAGAAGUUAAAAGAAGUUUAUUAAGUGUGCGCAAAGAUGAAUGACCUCUUCUCAGGAUCAUUUAAGAAGUACACAGAUCUGAAGAAACAGGUGGUGUAUGAUAUGGAAGGUGGAAUAGGGGAGAGGGUCGAGGGGGAGGCAGUCAGAAAAGAGACCAUAAAUCUCGACCACUUCUUCGAGGAUGUCGAGAACGUGAAAGAGGACCUCCACGUCCUCGAGCGGCUGUACCAGCAGCUCCAGGACGCGAACGAAGAGAGCCGGACCGUGCACAAUGCCAAGACCAUGAAAGAGCUCCGUGCUCGCAUGGACAAGGAUGUGGAACAGGUGCUCAAAAAAGCAAAGGUAGUUAAGGGAAAGCUCGAGGCCUUGGAUCGUUCCAACGUGGCCCACCGGAACCUUCCGGGAUGCGGCCCGGGGACCUCCGCAGACCGCACCCGAACAUCGGUUGUCAGCGGCCUCGGGAAGAAGCUCAAGGAUCUAAUGGAUGGGUUCCAAUCCUUGAGAACCAGGAUAGGUGCGGAGUACAGAGAGACCGUGGAGCGUAGAUAUUACACAGUUACUGGAGAAUUACCAGAUGAGGGGACCAUGGACCGGCUCAUCUCGACCGGAGAGAGUGAGACAUUCAUGCAGAAGGCGAUCCAACAGCAGGGCCGAGGCCAUGUACUCGACACCAUUUCUGAGAUACAGGAGCGGCACGAUGCGGUAAAGGAUAUCGAACGGAAUUUACUAGACCUUCACCAGGUUUUCUUGGACAUGGCUGUUUUGGUGGAGGCACAAGGGCAACAGCUCAACGACAUCGAGAGCCAUGUUGCGCACGCCAAUUCGUUCGUCCGACGAGGGACCGAUCAGCUCCAAACAGGAAAGGAGCUCCAAAAGAGCACCAGGAGCUGGACCUGCUAUGCUACAGUUCUCCUCCUCGUCAUCUUCGCACUCAUCCUCGUCCCCGUCCUCCGGUCCCUUCGCUGACAUUGUGGCUCAAGCAUGUACAUUGUGCAUGUUCGGAGAAUACAUUGUCGGCCGGCCGGCAAGAUGACUUGAGUGCAUUUCUCAUACUAGUUGCAGAGAAUGUACACUAUGAUCCAUAUGACAUAGUAACAACAUGGUCAUAGGGGUAAUCAUUUCUCAACCAACGAAUAGCAUCUUUUUCUUGAAAUCCUAGCUAUUUUUAGCAUUGAUAUUGGUCGCUCAUUCUGAUAAACCUUUUUUUCACCGAGAUGGUAGAUCAAAUAGAUGAAGUAGGAAUCAAUUUGUAUUUUACAGACCGAUCCCAUCGAUAAGUUUGACACCGAUGGAGGACAAGGAAUCAAUUUGGAUUCCACAGUCCGAUCCCAUCGAUAAGUCUGACACCGAUGGAGGACAAGCGACACAUGUCGUCGUUUGAUUUAGGACUCUCCGUGUCGAACCCAUUGAUUGAAUGGUGAUUAACCCCUAUGACCAUAAUGCUGCCAUGAUCAUAUGGACCAUAGCAUGCUUUCCCUUCGUUCUAUGGGGACCAAGGCACUUGGAGGCCUAUUUGAUUCAUUCAUAUUCUAGUUAGGUUUGGUGGGAUUGGAACCAAGGCAACUGGGGUAUAUUAAUGGUUGAGAGUGAACAUUUCUCUGGUUAGGUUAGACAUUCAUUCAUUGCGUUGUGCUGCAGCCUUUAAUGCCCUAACCACUGAACCAAAACCCUAAACUUUGUGGUAAUGGGUUUAAUGAAAUUGUUUUUUUGCCCUUUUUUCUCUUUCUAUUUUUUAAUUUUUGCCAGGUUAAUUUAAUUUUUUUUAUUCUUUGAUUGGAUAAAUUGGCAAGGCCACAGAGUUUUGCU